AGUUCAUUUUGCGCGGCAGAAGGCGGAUGGUUACACGACAAAAUUAUGAAAAAAAAGCGUUACUAUAUAUAAUAAAAAUAUUUUAAAUUCUACCAGAAUUGUUUCCAUUACUCAACAUUAGUAUAACUAGAAAGCAAAAAAUGGAUAGUUCAACUGCGGAAUUUGGAAGAGUUGACACUGUUACAGUUGAUGAAAUGGUUGAGAACGUAACUUUAAGAAAUAUCUCAGACGUUGAUAAGAUUACCGGCAAGCAUUUAUACAGUGCCAGUAACGUAUCACCUUACCCUAGUUAUUAUUACUACUACAACUACAACUAUGACGAGUAUUAUUUCGAAAUUUUUGACUUUGAAGUUUACGCUCUUGGAUACGUUCAACCGAUUUUGAUUAUUUUGACAGCGCUUACAAACGUCUUCGUCGCUGGAUAUUUUCUGAAUCAGAAAAACCGAGGAAAGGCAACAAAUUUGUUGUUUGUAAGCAUCGCCGUCUCCGAUACAUUGACCGGAAUGACACUUCUUCCAAAUAGCUUCCAUGUAUAUGCAAAUGGUAACUUCAUCUUGACUAAAGACUGGUGUAAUGCUUACAUGAUUCUGAGAUUGUAUGUCUCCCCGGUGUUCCAUACCGUGUCCGUCUGGCAGACGGUGUUACUUUGUAUUCAGAGAUAUAUGUGUGUUUGCCAUCCUUUUGUUUCGGGACGCAUUUGUACAUUUUGGAAAACUUUUAUAAGUAUCAUUGUAAUGUAUUGCGGUGCGAUAGUGUUGCAUUCGUACCAUUUGGUGGACAACAAAAUUGUUCAUAUCCAGUGCGGCUGGGAUACUGAAAUACCAUGUGAAGAGUCUUGCGUGUUUCUUUGGUUCUGCGUAGCUUUAGAGCAUCUUCUCCCAUGUUUUUUAUUGGUUGGCCUUACUACUGUAACGAUAAAAGAGCUGAGAAAAGCACAGAAACGGAUGUCAAUGAUGUCAUGUAAGAAGAGCGUCAGUCGAGCUUCACGGGAUAAAAUUAUUACAUACACCGCUGUUCUAAUUGUUAUCUUCUUCCUUAUACCCGAACUCCCUUACGGCAUAUAUAAACUCGUUUUUGUCAUAUAUAUGCACCUGAAUAAGAACUACGAAAUUACCCCAGAAGAAAACCAUAUCAUUAUAUGCGUAUACGAGCUGGUGCUGAAUACCAGUUUCAGUGCCAACUUCUGGAUAUACUGUUUCAUGAUGCGUGACUUCCGGUAUAGAAUCUUCAAGAUUUUAACCUGUGGAACAUUUAAACGGGGUUUAGCCCGUCUACGGUCAAUGUCCCUGUCAUCAAGAGGCGGGAGCGUUCAAACUACUCUUUCACGUAGUAGCUCAAUUACCAGUAGGAACAGGGUAUUUAGCAGAACAACGUCCUUGCACUCGACAGCAUCGGAUAAUGUUCACGCUGUAAUUCCUCUGACACCAACUCGAGGAUACGACAAAAUUAAUUAUAACGAUAACAUCGCUGCUCGAGCAACAGAUGACGUGACAAAUGAUGACGUCUUCAUGUAGACAUUGCUAAUUUUGACAAAUGAAAUUACCUUAAAAGUAACAGUUAGUUGUACAUAAGUAGCUGCGAAAAAUUAAGCUAAUAAGAAACUAAAGAAGUGUUAGCAUGAAAGGAAAAUGUUUCGACAAUCAUGCUGAUUUUUAUUAGUAAAACUUAAAUUAAAAAUUGUUCUAACGACUAAAUGUGCAUAUGAAGUGAUUAAAGCCCAAUUCACCAUUUAUCAGUACAGAGAUUUGCCAAGGGAAGUAAGCACUGUGAGGAGUUUGUUUAAAGCCAUGCUGAGACAUUGUCCAUCGGCAAAAUAUGAUAAAGUUCCCGCAGAAAAAGCAUUUUCUCGUAAAAAUACAUGUAUUAUUUUAUGUAUAGUGCGAUAAAGCCGGUAAUAUAUCUGACAUUUUGUACAAAACAUUAUAAGUACCACUUUAAUUGUAAAUAUUUUUUUAUUUCCUUAAGAAUGAAAUUUAUAUAUUUGUU